AAAUAUACUACUGUCAAGUAUAUUGAAAAGAAAAGCUAUUUACACUCAGCUUUAAACUCCAGUUUUCUACCUCAUUAGCGGCAAGUGCAGUAACCAUGAAGUCGGUGUAUACAGGACUAUCUAGCUUGGUUUGAUAGCUGGCAAUAUUCACCUGCUAUAUUACUUACAUAUCUGGUUUUAAACUUUCACAGUGGGUCAGUUACAGAUAUGCUGAUUAUUUGAAGUGUUUCUUUCUUGUAUAGGACAUCAUACAAAGUAAGGAUAUCAAAUCCUAUUUGUAUACAAUACAAUAUUGAAUGGAAUUUGGACAGUAUUUGCGUCAUAGGGAGUGCGCUGUGAAAAAGUAGUUUUAAUUGAUAGUCUAGAGUGUAGUAAUAAAUAAACACUUUUGUGCCUAACUUUUUCAGGUAUUAUAUGAAUGAAGGCAACAAUUACAAUACGAUUGUUGAUGGAUGAAUAUUAAGAUUAUAUGAAAAUAAAUCUUAGCAUACUCAUAAAAACUGGAAGUAAAAUCAGAAUGCCAUCAUCAGAAGAAAUUAUGAUGUGUUUAGAGAAGCCUAGAUUCUGUUCGGGCUGUUCGGGGAAGUUAGAAGACCAGCCGUACAUUGAAGCCCUAAACAGUGACUGGCAUGAGUCCUGCUUCAACGAGGAUAUUUAUGAAUGUAUGCUCUAAGUGCCACAAAUGCCUGUCUAACUGGUACUUUGAGAAGCAUGGUGAGCUGUUUUGCAAGUCAGACUACUGGUCCACAUUCGGUGAGGCCUGUAACGGCUGCUCCGAGGUCAUCACGGGACCAGUUAUGGUGGCUGGUGACCACAACUAUCAUCCGGAAUGUUUCCAGUGUGCUAGCUGCCAUACAUAUAUAGGAGAUGGAGAGAAAUAUGCCCUAGUGGAACGCUCAAAACUAUUCUGUGGUGAAUGCUACAACAUGCAAAUGAAGUCGUUGCUAAUGGAGACACCUGGUCGCCGACGACAACCCCAUUCCAUACAGAUGAUAGAGGUCCCUGCAACACCAGACAAUCGUCGUGGGCUGCAUUUUAGCGUGGAGAAGAAAGUUGCUCAAAGAAAUAGGCUGGCACUUCAUAUUGAGAACAUGCCCUCCUCACAAUUGAAGAUUUCCAAAAUUGAAAGUCCCAUUAUUGAGGACCUCAGCGUGGGGGACAAGAUCAUAGAAGUGAACGGCUACAGCGUACAGGACAGGCACCUGCUGGAGAUCACGUCCAUUCUCAGGGAUGAAAACACGCCACUGAAACUCACAGUGGAGCGUGACCCGUCCCCGCUGCCGUCUAGGCAGGGGUCAAGGUCAUUCAAAUCGGACAGCGAGGAUUCCGACAGUGGAUCAGCUCAGUCGCCUGGAUCUGUGGACAUCGAGGGAACCAAAGUGCUCUUGCGCCCAAAGGAACUUAUAAAUGAACAUAGGAAUAGCCAUGUUCGUAGACGAAGCAAGUCCCCCUCACCCAUGCCAUCACCACGACAGAAGAGUGUCGAUCUCAGUCGCGCACAGUCAUUUCGUUCCAUGCCACAAACCCACCGGGUGUUCCGAACCAGUGACCUAGUUCCUGGACAAAUUCUUGGGAAAGGUUUCUUUGGGCAGGCAGUCAAGGUCACUCACAAGGUCACAAAUGAGGUCAUGGUGUUGAAGGAACUGUUUCGAUUUGACGAAGAUGCUCAGAAAAGUUUUCUUAAAGAGGUGUCGGUCCUCAAAAGUCUCGAUCAUCCGAACGUGCUCAAGCUUCUCGGUGUGAUGUACAAGGAGAAAAAAUUGAACCUGGUCACGGAAUUCAUUGAGGGGGGCACGCUGAAGGACCUUCUACAGAACAUUGAUAUCUCGUUAUCAUGGCAACAGAAGGUGACGAUGGCAAAAGACAUUUCUUCUGGAAUGGCGUACCUGCACUCUAUGGAUAUCAUACACAGGGAUCUCAACUCCAACAACUGCCUGUGCAGAGCAGAUGGCACUGUUGUGGUGGCAGACUUUGGUUUGGCGCGUGUGAUAUCAGACCAUGAGUUGUUUAGGCAGCCUCCAAGAACUCCUGUGCCUGCGAAAUCUCAAGUAAAAAGACGAUACCAGCGUAAGAAGCGAUACACCGUGGUCGGGAAUCCAUUCUGGAUGGCUCCUGAGAUGCUUAAUGGAAUGAAGUACGAUGAAAAAGUUGACGUCUUCUCAUUUGGAAUCGUUCUCUGUGAGAUUAUUGGCAGGGUCUAUGCAGAUCCAGAUUUGCUGCCCAGAAGUUACGACUUUGGUUUAAACGUAGAGGCGUUUAAAGAGAAGUUUUGUUGGGAAUGUCCGGACUGUUUCCUGAAGCUAGCAGUGGUGUGUGCACAGAUGAUCCCUGACAACAGACCUUCCUUUGAGAAAGUGAACUUGUGGACCGAAAACAUCCUGUUUCACUUGGAGCAUGGCAUGGUUCUACCAAAGGAACUCCAGGGUGACCCAGUACAGUUCUACAAAGACAUGAAGGCCAUGGUCAUAGCUAAGACUGCAAAGUCAGAGGUCAAAGUCACUGAGCUUGGUGAUGAAGGCAUAGUGUUGCCUAGCAAGAGUGCGACCAAUGAGAAGAAGGGCACUCGCAAAAUGAAUAAUAGACGGAGGUCAAAUUUGGAGGCAAUAAGUGAAACUUUGAAAAAUGGCACAUGCACAAAUGGUGAUUCCAUUGCUCAAAGUAGUGAUAGUGACCCAACCAGUGCUCACAUGGAUGGUGAGUGCAGCAAUGACAAUAAUAGCUGUGAUACAGACUGUAAUGCCAGCUCUACUGAAGUCAGUGACUCUGAGAAACACAAUUCCAGCACUACUUCAGUCAGUGACUCUGAGAGACACAAUUCCAGCAAUACUGAAGUCAGUUACUCUGAGAAACAUACUGAUCAUGACACUUCACAGUGUAUAAACAAUACAAAACAUGACAUUGAAGACAUCUCUUGUGACGUGACUGAUAAUGUUGAAGAAUCACCUGAUCACAGACAUGACUGUAAUUAUUGCCCUGAUGACAACAGUAUCAAGGUCUUGCCAACAGAAAGUGAGGCACAAGGUGAAGAUGUGCCAGAUGCAGGGAAGCUAGAUACUGGUACUGAAUGAGUGUGCAUGGUUCACACUAUGUGCCAGAUGCAGGGAAGCUAGAUACUGGUACUGAAUGAGUGUGCAUGGUUCACACUAUGGUUUUAUCAAGCUCUUUUUGUUUGAAGUGCAUGAAGGAAACAUUAUUGAACAUUAUUAUCAAGGAUAAAUCAGAACAUCAAUUGCCUUAUGAAAAGUGUGUAUUGGUACUCCUGUUAUCCUAUUUUAGGAAUAACCUAUUUUACACUAAUGGUAAUCCAUCUAUGGAAUAUUUUAUUGUCUACAUGGGGUUUCACCCCUUAAUUUGACAAACUUCUUCAUCCUUUGUGCCUUGCUAUAUUUACCUGCUUCUUCCUUUGUAGCGAUUUUGAUUAUUGUUUAUCCUCUGAAUAUUGUAAUACAUAACAUGUAUUGUAACAAGUUCAUUCCCUCUUUACACUGUGAAAAAAUUGUGUAUUUAUUGUAACAAUACUUAUGUUUAAAGUUGACAGUUUUUGAAAAAAAAAUAAUCAAGUAACAAUUUUCUUUUUGGAACUGCAAUGGUCAACAAAUCUUAAGAAAAAUUUGAGUGCUACAUAAGAAUACUUUCAACUUUUUUUCUUUCUGUACAUAAUAAAAAAUAGUAUUAAGUAUUUUUGGCACUUUUCCUUAGGUCUGUUUAAAUACAAGUGUGCACUUGGAUUUUCUCCCUUUUGGCGAUCUCACCCAAUGUACAAGAUACACUAAGAUUUUGCUCAAUAUAUAUAUACAUGUGACACUUGGAUUUCCUCCCAUAUGGCCAUCCAAUGCAAUAAAAGGUCUUUUAGUUUCCAGUAAGAAGCACCUUAUUUCAAGCACCUUAUAUUAACUCCUCAUUUGAUACAGUUUGUAUGCAACAUCUAAUUUUUUGUUAUGGAUGCAGUAAGGACUUAUACCUGUUUAUUUAUUAUGUAUCCUAUAAUGCAAACACAAAUAAAAAGCAAGAUACAUAACAUUAAUUAGAUAUUUAGUUUAUGACUUAUUUUAUUUUUUGUGAUCUGGAAACAUUAAUAUUUCUAUCUGUUUCCAUCUGUGUAUUGAUGUUUUUCACUUGCUAUGCAUAAAGUUCAAUUGGAUCAAUUUUUACUGAUCUAUUCAUUAUGUAUAUUUCAAGUGCACUGUAUUGCAAAAAAAAGUACAGUGUCUGUGCCUAUGAAAACUGUGGACAAAAGUGAGAUUUGUGCAUUCAAAUGUAUUUUUAUGCAAUAUGUCUCUUGUAACAUAUAGCAUAAUUAUUAUUAAACUAAACAUCACCUACAUUGUUUAAUCUUUAAAUUUAUAGUUUUAUUCAAAGUAAUAAUCCCCAACAUUUUGAUACAUAAUUAAAACAGGCUUCUUUUUCUAGUAAUUUCUACCCAGGGAGAUCACAUUUCCCCAAUAUUGUGAUCGAUGUUUGUCCUUUGUGUGUUGUCAACAUUUACCGUGUUAACACUCUAGAGGCGCAAUUUAUUUUCCAAUCUUAAUGAAACUUUUUCAGAGCAUUCGUCAAAAUAAUAUCUGGGAAGAGUUCGAACCUGGGUCAAGGGAGGUCAAAAACUAGGUCACUUGGUAAACUUCAUGAUAAAGCAUGUUAAAACUCUAGAAGUUGCAAUUUAAAUCCAAUCUUCGAGACACAGGUUAAGAACAUUUGUUCUAAUGAUAUCUGGGCCGAGUUCACCCUUAAUUCCAGUCCGUUUAAAACAUGGCCGCCAUGUUUUCCUAAUACGGCUAAAGUAAAACCUAAAGUCAGCACUUUUAUAGUCCAAUCAAUAUUCAUGAAAGGUAGUGAGGAACUUUGUUAGAAUGAUAUCCCAUCUGAGUUCAAAAAUUGUUCGUGUUCCUUGAAAAAAUGGCCAUAAUGGGGCAUGGCAGUUUUUCUUAUAUGAUUAUGGUAAAACCUUAUUAGUACUCUAGAAGUUACAUUUAUUUUCCAAUCUUCUUGAAACUUGGUCAGAACAUAUGAUCCAAGGAAUUCAUGGCUGAGUUUCACAAUUGAUCUGAUUUGUUUAAAAAAUAUUGCUCCGAAGGUACAGGGGAGUUUUUCUUAUAUGGCAAUAGUGAAAAGUUCUAUUAGCCAGAUUUAUUAGCCAAUUCUCAUGGAACUUGGUCAAAACAUUUGUCCCAAUAAAAUCACGGCUGAGAUAGAAACUUUGCCAUGUGAGCUUUAAAAAAGGUCACUGAGUCAAAUUAUAGAAAAGCAAUUGUACACCCUAGAAGUCACUUUUUCCAAUCUUCAUAAACUUUAAUUAGAACAUUUGUUCUAAUGACAUCUCAUGUGAGUUCAAAUUUUACAAUGUGCCUUUCAUUAUUUUGAACUUCUCAGUAUAGUUAUUAAAUUGGGUCUCAGGUGAAUGCCUUAGGGCCCAUGAUCCUCUAGUUUUUGUUUUUUUACACUUUACCCUUAAAGGGACCUUUUCUUCUUUUGGUAAAUUGACAAAUUAAAAAAAAGAGUUUCACAUUCGCAAAUUUUCGUUGUAGUAAUGAUAUUUAAUGUGAAGAAACAGUGAUACUGAACAUUUAUCAUGCUCUUAAAUAUACAUUUUAUUCAUCUUUUGACAAUUUAAAACCCUGAAAAUAUAAAGCGUUGCAAAGCGAAACAAUUGAAUAAUUUGGAGAGUUCUGUUGUUUUCAUUAUACUUUGUGACACUAGGAGGAUUGCUUAUAUAAAGUAUAAAAUUCAUCACUCAUUGUCUGAGCACAGAUGGCCGAGUGGUCUAGACUUUUACUCCAGGGGUCAGUGGUUCAAGCCCAGUUGAGGGUUACUUUUGUUCUUUCUUUAAUUUUAUUCUUGUUUUUUUACUGGAGCCUUUUUCGAUCCAAUGUUUACAUUUCUGAAUAUAAAGCAAUUAAUGACAAACUUCAAUACAUGCCAAAAUUUGUGAAAAGGUCCCUUUUAUUAAGUAUUCAAGUCAAGAAAGGGAAACUAAAUAUUGGGACCAAUUGAGUAGUUUGUAUUUGUUAUUUUCUUUGAUAUUUUACACUUAACUUUUAAAAAUAACAAAGUAAAAACAAAUUACAGGGACCAAAAGAUGUGAUAUGACAUGUAUUCUUUUAUUAUCAAUUAAACAGGUUCAAUACUGUGGUAUUAACAAUCUAAUGUAAGUGAAAAGUGUUACCAGUGACUUAUGUAUACGCUGAUUGCCUUUAUCACCAUUAUACAAAGUAGAUGUGCAAUAUAUUAUUUUGUGUGUUCUUGUAUUCUGUUGAUGAACUGUUAAGUCAUUUAUCAUCUAUGUAUGGUAGUUAUAUUAUUUAUAUUGUUGCUGGGGGCUGGUAGGCAUCAGAGCAGAUAGUUCUGUCGCUUAAUUUGUUCUAUUGGCUUUACAAAGAAUAUUUAUUAAAAUUUUGUAAUUUAGGCACAUUUAUUAUUCUAAUUGUAUUUGAAUAAUUCACAAAAGUGUGACAUAGACAUGUUUAAUCUACAUGUAGUCUCUUGAGUGUUUGGUCAACUUUUUGUCUGCAGCAAUUCACAUGCCUUACAUCAAGUGGCAUUAUUUUUAGAUGAUUACUUUGGAGCUAAAACAUACAUUAUGGACUUGCAAAUCACAUAAAUACUUUAUUAAAGGAAGCUGCCUUUCAGCUAUCUUAGGCAGUGUACAUUUGGUGCUAAUCUGGACAGAUUGUGAUAUGUUAUACACUAUGUUCACACAACUUUUUACCAAUUGGCAUUAGUUUGUAUUCAUUUGUAUGAUUUAGCCACACUGUUUUCUGUUAUUCUACUUAAUUCUCAAUUAUUUCAUUAUCUUGUUGUCUACUUAAUUCUCAAUUAUUGUAUUAUCUUGUUGACUUAUAAGCAUACUAUUGAACAUGAUGUUCAUAGAAUGUUUUAUAUACAUGAACAUAUAUUGAAUAUAUUGAAUUAAAGCAUCCAAAACAAGUCUUUAGUUUAUAGAGUAAUGGUGCUGUGCAUUAUUCCGCCACAUUGAGGAGCUAUUCAAACUAUUCUUUUUAAACAAUCAGCGAAAAAAAAUCUCCUCAGUCAAGUUGGACUCGAAAUGCAUUGGCUGACAUAUUCUUGGAAUAUAUCACUAUUGGGUAAAGGAUAAAUAAAAAGCAAUAUUGAAAGCCUAAAUUGUGUAAAAAUGACGGAUGGUGCCUUAAUCCACCACCCCUCUUAAAAAAACUACAGUGCCCUAGAUAAUUAUUUGGGAAAUAGGGUUUUCACCCAUUGAUUUUUAAAAAUAGGGUGAUUUCGGUCUUGAAAUAGGGUGAACUGAGUUAUAAUAAUUCAUACCUUAAAAUUCUUGCUGCUUUCCCCGUUGAAUACAAGCCGAUCUUGGUCACUUCAACGUAUCAAUUCAGAUUCAGAUUACUUCUGUUGAAUUUGCACACUUGUUUUGAUUCAAUAAAACUGUAAACUAGUUUAAUUAACUGUCAUAAACUGAUGUUUCAUAACAUCCUAAAUUCUUGAAACUGUCCAUAAUAUGAACUUUAAACUUAAAAAAUCGAUAACACGAAUGAUUUGUCACUUAAUGGCUCUUGCUUUCUUGGUUCUUGGACCUCUCUUAGACAUUUUUAUUUCGCAUCGUUAUAGAAACUGAAAGUACAGACGCUUUACAAAUACAUGCACAAUGAGCGACGGAUUAAAUCAGAUUGAAAACGCAUGUUUGUCGUAAAUAAUUUGGUCAGAUGCUGUAAUAGACCGUUCCAGAAUCGAUAAAUUGACCGCCGCCAUAUUGUCAGUCACGUGACUGUCCGCCAUUACACUACUGCCAACUUCUGCGAGUCAGCGAUUCCAGGUUACAAUACACUAAAUGAUCGCUUCAUGAAGGGCUGUACUCUCUAAAAAAAUAUAGUUGACAGGAAGGCAUGUUUUACACGUUUUACCAUUAUUUGGGUGUUAUCUUGUGGAGAUAAUGGUAGGGAAUGAAUAGGUGUUCACUACUGAAUCCCUGAAAUAUGAUACACGUGAAGACUAUAGUAAACCAUUGCACUAGAAAAGGUUACAUUCCACUAAGAAACGGCCGAAAAAAAAAGUUGCAAAAACAGUCGAUUUUGAUUUGUGUCAAGUUCUUUCUUGCAUUGUACAUGACAUAUCCUUUUUAUUGCAUAAAUCGAUUCCGCUUAGAAUGGCCUUUAAGAAAAGGUAUGGUUAUGGGGGUCUCUAUGUGCAAAAUGUUGCAUUUAUUUUCGCUCAAAGUUUUCGCUUUUACAUUGAAUUAUAUAGGGAAACUAUUUAGUGUAUUAUGACCUCCAAAAGCCAAAGACGUAGCGAAUACCCGCUUCGCCGACGUCGGAUUAAUAAAUUACUUAAUGAAUUAUUUUCAGACGACUAUCACAUUUUUGUUGUUAAAUUGAUUGUUUGAAGUUGAGAUUGAUUGUUACAAAUAAAAAAAUUAAAAUGCU